UCCGCGAAAACACACAGCAAAAAUGAAAGAGCACCAAAAACCAGAGCUCGCGAAUCGGAGAUUCAAGGACUCCUCGUUGAAGAAGCUCCAGAAGGUCACGAAGAAGAACUUGAAUGCGGUGUUUACGUCAGUUUCCGAUGAAUCUUCCAAGGAUGAGUUAUCUUCGAUUUCUGAGAUCUCGGAAUCUAAUCACGCCGGAGAUAUCACAGAUAGCUUCUCAAUGACGAUGAGUCCGACUCCUACAGCUUCGUCAGAAUCGCUGCUUCCUUCUGAUCUCACUCCAUCUUCUACGGUCACUACUGAAAAUGACGAACCAGGAAAGCUUGCAAUGAAUCUGUACAGAUCAAGCGAACUGGAUGGUUCGAAGAACAGAUCUGUGGAGAUGGAGAUUGUGGUUGAUUUUCUCAAAAAAGCUCGAUCUCAGGCCUUGAACUCGGUGGACAUAGAUACUCGAUCAAAGAAGCUUCUGGAUGCGCUGUUGUGUAUCAUUGUAGACGAGUUCUACGCUCAGCCAAAGAAGAAAGAUCGCUUUGCUGAACUCAUCGCUAGGAAAAAACAAAUUGUGCUUCUCUGUUUCGUGUUUUGGAUCCUUGCGAUGGCUAUGACUUUCUUCUUCAGCUCAAGAGUCGAAAACUCAUUCCGUGGACCUCCUCCGACUUGAACUAUAGUGGUGAGAACUUUCGUCACACUGACAAGAUGCGUAAAUGGAAAAGUGAUUUGGUUGAGUACUGUUUCACAAAAUUGAAUUGAAAACUUGGUUAAUGCAGCACACUACUCAUAUGAAUUGUUAAAUUUUCGUGUUUCGUAUUGAUUGUGAUGUAAGCUCUCUGAAUUUCCUGUAUGGGAUGUAUAAAUUCAAGCUCUGAUGCCUUGGCCUACGAUU